AUGCGCAGCCUCCCUGUUUGCUGGGUGGCCUGGAAAUUCAUCAUCUGUCAUCUCUCCUUCCGGGAUAAUCGGAAGGGGAUUGAAGGAACCGGACUUCUGCAAUUGGUUCCAGAGUCUUUGGGGGCUAGUCAGGGCUAUGUUCCUAAAUCACUGAAGGGUAAUUUUUUUUUCCACUUCUUUAAGAUCAAAAACACUUGCCUACAAAUAAAAAUGUUUCUCCUGGAGUAUUUUCAGCUUCACUGAGAAGCCAUUUCAGUUACAUAGUGAAAGCCGACAGCAGCAAAGAUCAGACAUUGCGCCAGAUGUGCUAUCGUCACGAGAUUCUCUUCAGGCGCUAAACCCAUCCAGAUGUGUCGGCGUGUGACAGGACACGGUAUACACAUUUGCAUAGCGGUUCGGUCUUCCUGGUGUUCGCAGAAGUGUAUUUAUUUCUUGCUGUUUCCCUCUCCCAACCACCAGUGUGCCUAAUCCGGUCCUUAGAAUCAGGGGAGAGAGGGAGACAGAUUUGAUUGUGGAGAGUGGGAAUUCCACGUGGGCUGAGACUUGUCUAGCUUUGCAUCUGCCGUAUUCCCAGAGCCUGUGACGAGUCUAGCCCUGUGCCUACGGUACUGAGUACACAGUAAACACUGGAGCAAGUGCAGAGCCUUGCAGUUUGCUAAUCACAUGUUAACCUCAGAGAGGUUUGAGGCUGCACUGGGUGAGAAUAGGUAUCAUCCUGUCGUUACUGGAAGGGCGAGCCUGGGAGAGCUCAUUCCGGCAUCUGUGUUCCAGGUCGGGAUCCAGCAGCAUUCAAAGGCAGCUCUGGGGGCGUCACAAGCCGAGCAGCAGAAGAAAGCCGCCAUCAUCUCUGCCGAGGGCGACUCCAAGGCAGCCGAGCUCAUCGCCAACUCGCUGGCCACGGCGGGCGACGGUCUCAUCGAGCUGCGCAAGCUGGAGGCCGCGGAGGACAUUGCGUACCAGCUCUCGCGCUCCCGGAACAUCACCUCCCUGCCGGCGGGGCAGUCCGUGCUCCUCCAGCUGCCCCAGUGAGGCCACCCCGCCCGGCUGCUGGGCCACAGCGCCCAUGGUUCUCGACACAACGUCCUUCCACCCCCACCCCAGAAAUCACUGUGACAUUUCAUGAUUGGCUUAAAGUGAAGGAAAUAAAAGUGAAAUCACUUCAGAUCUCUAAUUACUCUA